CAGGUUGGAUGGGGCUUGGAGCACCCUGGGACAGCGGAAGGUGUCCCUGUCCAUGGCAGCGGGAUGGAAUGAGAAGAGCUUUAUGGUCCCUUCCAACCAAGCCGUUGUGACUUUAUGUUUUGCGAUUGUCCGAUGUUGUGUGGGGGUCAGGCCGGAUCCCUGCACGGCGCUUCUCACCAGCCCCUCUCUUGCAGGUCACUGGGGCCGCUGCGUCGGGGACUGCGGCUCGGGGGGCCUUCGCAGCCGGGCCGUCUGGUGCACCCACGCCGAGGGCUGGACCACGUUCCACGCCAACUGCGACCAGCAGGACAAACCCGAGAGCCAGCGGAGGUGCUUUAAAGUCUGCGACUGGCACCUGGAGCUGUUCGAGUGGGAGGUUUCGGGAUGGGACAGGUGCGGGCUCGUCUCGGCUGCGGGCGGUGAGGCGGGAGCCGAGGUUUGUGUCACCGCACAGCACGGGCUGCAGCGCCGCAGCGUCCGCUGCCUGCAGAAGCUGAACGGGACGGCGGUGUCCAGCGAGAUCUGUGAGUAUUUCAGCCCGCAGCCGCCCGCUGAGCAGGCCUGCCUGGUGCCCUGCCCGCGGGACUGCGUCGUGUCCCAGUUCUCCGGCUGGUCCCCGUGCGGCGCGGCCUGCGCGGGCAGGCUGCAGCACCGCGCGCGGGCCGUCAUCGCUCCUCCGCUCUACGGCGGUGCCCCGUGCCCCAACCUGACGGAAUCCAGAGCCUGCGAGGCUCCCGCCUGUCCCCUCGGCGAGGAGGAGCACGCCUACAGCCUCCGCGUGGGCCCGUGGGGCGAAUGCCGGCUGCCCCAUCCUAAAGACGUGCAGCUGGCCGAGAGGACUAUGCUGGAUUUGGGGUCGGACUCUGGAGAGCGAAGCACAUCUGGACUUGCCGGCGCUCAUCCCCACCGCCAUGCCGGGGAGGUGGAGAUUGGCUACCAGACCAGGCAGGUCAGGUGUGUGAGGAGCGAUGGAAAACACGCCGCGCUGAGCCUCUGCCUGCAAGACCCUGUCCCCGUGACCUCCAGGUCCUGUGUCAUCCCCAAGGACUGCACCACGUCCGAGUGGUCCCCAUGGAGCCCCUGCUCGCGCAGCUGCGGCUGGGGCAGCCUCACCCCGGGGCUCCGGAGCCGGAGCCGCAGCGUGCGGAGCGUGCCCGUGGGCACUGGGAAGCCGUGCCCGGAGCUGGAGCAGAGGGAAGCGUGCAGUGGAGGAGGAAAGGCACCGCUGCAGCCCUGCCCCAGGUUUGCCUGGAGGACUUCUGAAUGGAAAGCUUGCCAAGUGUCUCUGCUCCUUGACCAGCAGGACCCUCACCACCAGAAGCAGGCAGGGCUCUGCGGAGGGGGGAUCCAAACCCGAGUGGUCUACUGUGCCCAGAUCGUCGUGGAACUGGGGACACACCGGCUGAAGGAGGUUGCCAGACCAGUGGAUGGGAAGCUCUGCCAGGGUCCUGCUCCUGCCACCUCCCAGGUGUGUCACCUGCCAUGCCCGGCUGAGUGUGCGGUGUCCUCGUGGUCACCGUGGGGUCCCUGCCUGCCCGAGAGCUGCCAGCACCGCCACGGAGGGAGAGGCUUUAGGAUGAGACAGAGGCAAGUGAUCGUGGAUCCAGUGGGGACCCUGGCAGGCUGUCCUCAUUUGGUGGAGUCUGUUCCUUGUGAAGACGCACGGUGCCACGAGUGGGAGGUGUCAGAGGGCGCCUGUGUGACGGACCAGGGGCAGUGUGGGCCUGGGCAGCGUGUCCUGAAGGCUGUCUGCAAGAGCAGGAGAGGUGAAGAAGUACCACAUCACCUCUGCUCAGAGCUUCCCCAUCCCGAGGUGGUGGCCUGUGAAGUCCCUUGUGCGAGGGACUGUGUUGUCAGCGAGUGGUCCCCGUGGUCUCCCUGCUCCCACUCCUGCUCCAGCAAAAACGCCGAGGGCACUCAAAGCAGGAGCAGGUCCAUCCUGGCCCUUCCAGCCGAGGGUGGAAAAGCCUGUCCCCCUGAGCGAUCCCUGCAGGAGCAGCGUGCCUGCAACGAGCACCUGUGCGUGCGUUUCUUCUGGGAAGCGUCUCCCUGGAGCUCCUGCUCCGAGCAUGUGCCGGGCGCCGCGCCCAACGCCACCGCCAGCUGGAGCGGGGAAGCCACCUGUGGGGUGGGCAUCCAGACAAGGAAAAUCUUCUGCAGGAAGAGCAGCUCUGGCCAGGUCGCUCCCAAAAGGUGUCCGGAGUCCCUCCGGCCUGAGUCGGUGCGGCCGUGUCUCCUCCCCUGCAGGAAGGACUGCAUUGUUACUCUGUUCAGUGAGUGGACACCCUGUCCCACAGCCUGUCAACCUGGCAAUGCCACUGCAGUUAAGCAGUCCCGGUACAGGAUUAUCAUUCAGGAUUCUGCCAGUGGGGGACAGCCAUGUCCAGACACCUUGUAUGAGGAAAGAGAAUGUGAAGAUGUUCCCAUCUGUCCAGUGUAUAGGUGGAAGAGCCAUCGCUGGAGCCCCUGUGUGCUGGUGCCAGACUCGGUGAGACAGGGCCUGCCGGGGCAGAGCGAGGCGUGUGGGCACGGGCUGCAGUCCAGGGCUGUGACGUGCCUGUCGGAGCAGGGUGGCUCUGCCGCCGUCGGUGACUGCGUGCGGUGGGCAGGAGCGAUGCCAGCCCUCGUCCAGGAGUGCCUCAUUCCCUGCAAGGAUGACUGCACUUUUACCCCCUGGUCUAAAUUCACAGCCUGCUCCUCUGACUGUGACACAACCAGGAGCAGGAGAAGAUCGCUCACAGGGCGAAGCAGAAAGCGAGACAAAUGCCAGAACACAGAAGUUUAUCCUCAAGUUGAAACGGAGCCGUGCCCCUGCGAGGCGUUCACCUCCCAGCCCCAUGGAAAUUGGUCUGACUGCAUUAUCAGAGGGGGUCCCUCCGAGCUGCAGCUGGGAAUGGCGGCCCAGGGAGCGGCCAGGGAGUGCGGCCAGGGCGUGCGGCUGCGAGCCAUCGCCUGCUACGACAAGACCGGCAGACUGGUGGAGCCAUCUCGCUGUAGCAGCUCGGGUUACAUUGAAGAGCCUUGCACGGUCCCUUGCCCGUUUGAUUGCAAAUUAAGCGAUUGGUCCAGUUGGUCUCCUUGCAGCUCUUCUUGUGGACCGGGGGUGAGAGUCCGAUCCAAGUGGCUCAAGGAGAAGCCCUACAAUGGAGGUCGUCCCUGCCCCAAGCUGGAUCUCAAGAAUCAGGUGCACGAGGCAGUCCCAUGCUACAGUGAGUGCAAUCAGUAUUCCUGGGAAGUAGGACCAUGGUCUCCAUGUGAAAUCAACAGCGAACAAAAUUCCCUCCACUGUGGAGAAGGAAUACAAACGAGGAAAGUCAGGUGUGUGAGCACUGCUGAGGACCACGGCGUGGAGACUGUGCCCAACGCUCUGUGCAGUCAGGCUGAGGUCCCAGAGACAGUGCAGAAGUGUAGCUUGUACUGUCCCAGUGAGUGUGCAGUGUCUGACUGGGGACAGUGGAGCCCGUGUCCACAGGUAGGCUCUCCCACCUGUGUCCUGGCAGCGUUCCUCACACAGCAGUUGUCGCUUGUCCUUCAACUAUUUCAUGGCCUAGCUGCAUCUCUGCUGGGCUGUGUGCUGUCUGUCCUAGGCCAGAUGGUGCGAGGGCGCUCGGUGGUGCUGCGGGCAGCGGGCGAGGGCAGGCCCUGCCCGGAGCAGCUCAGCCAGCACAGGAGCUGCCCGGUGAAGCCCUGCUACAGCUGGCUGCUGGGGCCCUGGUCUCCCUGCACCGUCCAGGGUGGACAGUGUGGAGAUGGAUUGCAAGUCCGCAACCUCACGUGUGUAGUGCAUGAUGCAUCAGUUUCUGCUACAUCCAAACCAGUAGAAAAUGCAUUAUGUGGUGAGCUACCAUCAAAAGAAAGUGUGCUGGAGUUACCCUGCUCUGUGCCUUGCCCAGGUGACUGCCACCUGACAGAGUGGUCAGAGUGGAGCUCCUGUGAGCUCACCUGCAUCAGUGGCAGGAGCUUUGAGACAACCGGGCGUCAGUCUCGGUCCAGGGCCUUCAUCGUCCAGUCUGCAGAGAACCGUGAGAGCUGCUCCGGACAGGAGAUGGAAACACGGCCUUGCUCAGGAGGGAAGUGUUACGAUUACCUGUGGCAAACCGGCCCUUGGCGAGACAACGUGCGCACGGUGUGGUGCCAGCGCUCGGAUGGAAUGAAUGUCACAGGAGGGUGUCCUCUUCGGACGAAACCUGCUGAAGUCCGGCACUGCAGCCCAGCGUGCAGAAAACCCUUCUCCUACUGCACACAGAGAGGAGUCUGCGGCUGUGAGCGGGGAUAUACAGAAGUAAUGAGAUCAGAUGGGUUCCUGGAUUACUGCGUGAAGGUACCAGGUUUAGAAGAUAAGAAAGCUGAUGUUAAGACCAUUGCCGGAAAAAAUAAACCUGUCAACUCCAAAAUGCAUGACAUUUUCAAAGGAUGGUCUAUUCAACCUUUUAAUCCAGAUGGCAAACUGAAGAUAUGGGUAUAUGGAGUAUCAGCUGGAGGGUUCCUCAUCAUUGUUUUCCUGAUUUUUACAUCCUACCUGAUGUGCAAAAAAACAAAGCAGCAUCAAAGCCCUCCACCACAGCAGAAGCCUCUAACCCUGGCCUAUGAUGGAGACAUUGAUAUGUAACAUAAACAAGAAAUCCAAAUGUAGACAUCGACUGCCUUAACUGCUUUCUUUUUUGGAACUCUCUGACUUCUCAGUUUUUUGAGGAAUCUCCUGAUGUAUAAUAUCCUGGGCAGAACAGAAGUAUUGCAAGCUGAAAAUUUUGCCACCUCUUUAUUAAAAAAAAAGUGGAAUAAAAAACUUGAAUCUCAUGAUACUUUUCUGAAGAGACCAGACCCUUCCUGUUGAACAAUGGGAAUAACAAGAAAAGAGAAAAUCUACAGACAUCAAAAGGAAUUUGUUAAAAUAAAAAGGCAUGACAAUCCCAAGGAAAUUGUGACAUUUACUGUAAAUGACAAGUUUGACACAGCAUCAUUAUGCACUAUAUUAGUGCAGGGUUCUUUAUUCUUCACAUACUUCAACAAUGAGUUUUCUAGUGUUUACAUUUCGUUCAAAGACUUUAAAACCAGAUCAUGUAUUUUGAGAAAUGCAAGGAAGAAUGAGUUGAAGUGUCUGAAGUUACCAGGUUUUUUAAAGUUUCUUCCUUCUUAUCCUGUUUUCUAGUCUGGAAUAUGAUUUUGCUUCAUUUCCACCUACAGGACAGAAUAAGGAUUGUUAUGAAAACGCAUAGGUGGUUUCUUAACCAAGAAUAUUUUCUAAAGAGCUGAGUAGAUAGGUGUUUUGAUGAGUGGCUAGAGGAUUUGAUUGUUUAAAAAGGAUUUUAAAUUAAAUUAAACCAUGUAGAUACAUUAUGGCCAAUUUAAAUUGUUAUUCAGUUUAAUUAAAACAAACUCUGCUUUUGUAUUUAAAUUUUCUUAUCUGAAAUAUUUAUAAAUUCCUUUUUUUGAAUUUAAUUACCUGACCUCAUUUAAUAUACAUCAAACACAAAUGCAGUUUGUAGAAGGUCUUGCUUUUUUAAAUGUUUCAGAACCACUGAGAAGUUACAUGUAAAAUUCUGGGAACAUUUGAAGAGGGUAAGUGUUUAUAAUAGUGUGUGUUGCAAGUAAGAAAGUGCCAUCUUGUGGUAUUGACUUGUAUUUAUAAGCAAAUAAAAUGCUAAAGAGAGUGAGAAAAUUGCUUCUGGUAUGUUGAAUUAAAUGUGUGUAAACAACUUGUAUUAUUAGUC